AUGUCAUUAAGUCCCAUUGCCCAGAAGGCUGUUGUGUUGCAGGUGGUAGUGUUGAGUGGGGCGGUGGUGAGUGUCCUGGGGCUGGCUGGUCCAUCACCGGACGCUGGGGCAGAGCCGGAGCCUCAGACCAAGGAUGGGUACACCUACGAUGCACCGUUCAAGUCAUUCGGCCUCCCAGGCGAGGACCUAGACCAGAUCCGGCCCACCUACACGGAGCCUGACACGGGAUACCUUCCACCAGUGGGUCUCGCUCCUGACGAUGCUCUAGCCGGCCUAGCUUUCGGUUUACCCUCUAUUGACUCUGAUUUCGGCCAACCAAGUCCUGGGCCGUCUUACGAUCCUCCGCCAUAUGGCGUAACUACACCCAAACCCUAUAAACCUGCACCAGGACCAUCCUAUACACCACCUAGACCGAUCUAUGGUACCCCUAAACCGACCUAUGGUACCCCUAAACCGACCUAUCGUACCCCUAAACCAACCUAUGGUACCCCUAAACCGACCUAUGGUACCCCUAAACCGACCUAUGGUACCCCUAAACCGACCUAUGUUCCACCUCAACCAUCCUAUGGUCCCCCUAAACCGACCUAUCGUACCCCUAAACCAACCUAUGUUCCACCUCAACCAUCCUAUGGUCCCCCUAAACCGACCUAUGUUCCACCCCAACCAUCCUAUGGUCAUCCUCGACCAUCCUAUACACCACCUAAGCCGACCUACGGUACUCCUAAACCGACCUAUGGUACCCCUAAACCAACCUAUGGUACCCCUAAACCGACCUAUGGUACCCCUAAACCGACCUAUGUUCCACCUCAACCAUCCUAUGGUCCCCCUAAACCGACCUAUGGUACCCCUAAACCGACCUAUGUUCCACCUCAACCAUCCUAUGGUCCCCCUAAACCGACCUAUGGUACCCCUAAACCGACCUAUGGUACCCCUAAACCUACUUAUGUUCCACCCCAACCAUCCUAUGGUCCUCCUCGACCAUCUUAUACGCCACCUAAGCCGACCUACGGUACCCCUAAACCGACCUAUGGUACCCCUAAACCGACCUAUGUUCCACCUCAACCAUCCUAUGGUCCCCCUAAACCGACCUAUGUUCCACCCCAACCAUCCUAUGGUCCCCCUAAACCGACCUAUGGUACCCCUAAACCGACCUAUGGUACCCCUAAACCGACCUAUGUUCCACCUCAACCAUCCUAUGGUCCCCCUAAACCGACCUAUGUUCCACCCCAACCAUCCUAUGGUCCCCCUAAACCGACCUAUGGCACCCCUAAACCGACCUAUGUUCCACCUCAACCAUCCUAUGGUCCCCCUAAACCGACCUAUGGUACCCCUAAACCUACUUAUGUUCCACCCCAACCAUCCUAUGGUCCUCCUCGACCAUCUUAUACACCACCUAAGUCGACCUAUGGUACCCCUAAACCGACCUACGUUCCACCCCAACCUUCCUAUACUACACCUAAACCAACGUACGGUACACCUGUACCAUCCUACACUGCACCUAGACAGAGCUUUGGUUCAUCUUCUCACUCAUCAGAGUCCUCAAGUUUCUCAUCAGAAUCCUCGUCAGCUUACAAAUCCUCUAAUGAGGUCAUAAAUGUUGGUUUGGGCAGCGCAUCGGCCGGCGGCGUGGGACCAGCUGGCUCCUUCGGGGGAGCCAACACUGCCUAUGGUCCUGUGCCAUUCACUGGCACCAACCUGGCCGGUUCCCAGGGCUCUACUGGAUAUACAGGUUCCCGGGGCUCUACCGGAUAUGCAGGUUCCCAGGGCUCUACCGGAUAUGCAGGUUCCCAGGGCUCUGCCGGAUAUGCAGGUUCCCAGGGCUCUACCGGAUAUGCAGGUUCCCAGGGCUCUGCCGGAUAUGCAGGUUCCCGGGGCUCUACUGGAUUUACAGGUUCCCAGGGCUCUGCCGGAUAUGCAGGUUCCCAGGGCUCUGCCGGAUAUGCAGGUUCCCAGGGCUCAACUGGACAAACAGGCUCGUAUGGAGCGUCUGGGGUUGCAGGUGGUGUGGCGGGCUCAUUUGAUAAACAAAACUCGCUUCUGUCGUCACAAGAUGCAUCCCUUCAAUCACGGCAGCUAACUUCUGGCUAUAAUACUGGUCCAUCGUAUAAUCAGAAAGGGAUGCCGUUCGACUUCGCUUAUACUGUGAACGACGAAAAGAGCGGAAACUUCUACAGUCACAGAGCAAACUCUGAUGGAAUACUGACCACCGGCGAGUACUCAGUAGUUCUCCCUGACAGUCGCAAGCAAGUUGUUUCCUAUAGAGCUGACAGCGACCAAGGAUAUGUAGCCAAGGUAGCCUAUGAAGGCGAGGCUAACUAUCCAUCUCCAACACCUCCAGGCUAUAAUUAUAAUUAGUAGUAAUUUAUUACACAUGUGAUACGGCUCUUAGUACUUCUAAUUUAACUGUGGUGUCGUUAGACAGGCUACAUAAUGACUGCGGAUAAGAAAAUGAAAUUUCCUGUUAUAAUUCGGGUUUGAAACCUAUUUCUUCCGUGUUAUCUUCAAACUACUGUUUUUGCAGAUACUAUUUAAACUUUGUAAAUAUAUUUAUAUUAUAUAAAAACGCUCUGCUUACUGUUACUACAGGCACCAGAGACACUUCGACACACGUGCUGUUUAUUCCAGAGAUUCGAACAUACAAUCAUAUCAUGCAAACAACCCAGCGUGCAAAUCAUGCUCAAGCAACGUCCAAUCAAUUCAGUAUCAACACCGUUGAAUCAUUGUUACAUCUACAUCGUUUACCUUCUGAUAUAACGUUAAACCAAGCUGAAAUACGUCGAGUGAUUAAGUUCCUCUAACAACGUAUCCCCGACUGGUUGGGUUGUGAUCUCUCAUGUUUUGCCAGCAAUACAUGGGAUGAAAGCUGUGGUGUUGCAGCCUCUUGGGUGUGUGUGUUCUCUCUCUUCUCCCGCCAUAUCUACCACUGGUUUCAUCUUUCCUACUGCUUUGGUGUGCUAAGUACAAUUAUAGAUAUUACCGGGGAAUAAAAUGCUCAAGCUUG